AUGCCCCAAGACCGACACUCCCAGAACAACCCGCGGCCACUGAAGCCCGCGCCCGCUAGCACCCGUGCCGGCUCUGCAAAGACGCCCCUCACGCCUCGCCUGGCCGUCGCGCCUGCCGCCCCUGCCCCGACGACGCGCCCCCUUCGUACCAGCAAUGGCGCUGCCCCGAGGCUCGCCGUGGCCGUGCAGGACGACGCCACGCCCGUCAAGAGCGUGCUCGGCAGCAACGUCUCGCCGCGCUCCGCCUCGAGGAAGUCGCGCAUAGGCGCCAGCAGCACCGCCUCUGCCUCCACGUCCAACGCCCCGUCGCGUCCGCCCUCUGCCCUCGACGCCUCGCACGGCCCCGCCCCGCCGCGCCUGGCAGUCAGUGGAGGCAACCGCCUGCGCGCCUCGCCGGCACAGACGCCCCGGCUGCCCCUCGCCAGCGUGUACCCUCACGUGCCCUCUGGCAGCGCCUCGGCCAGGCUCGCCUCCCCGACCUUCUUCCACGCCAACGAUGUCCGCCCUCCGCCCGAGCCCACAUCGGCGCCCUCGCAGAAAAAGGCGUCGGCCUUCUUCUACGCAAACGGCAAGCAGGACGAUAGCCGGAAGCAUGGCGCGCCCUCCCCGCCCUUGUCUUCCAUCGGCAGGGCACAGUCGGAGAGCAAGUUCUUCCACGCAGACUCCAUCUCGGAAGUGCGCAGUACCCCACCAGUACUCACCCCCGUCUCGACAUCGCCAGAGCCCCCGUCCACCCGGAACCCUCCCUCACAUCGACCGGCAUCGCCGACAAAAGACUUCUCCCAUCUCUCGUACCGGAAAGGCGCUUCCCAGGUCAUGCGGCCAGCUCUUCAUUCGCGCAACUCGGGACUGUCGGUAUUGUCUGCAGCCAAUCCGCCUGAUGUUUCUGAGCAAUCGAGGAGGAGAUCUAGCGCUGCUUCGUCUAUUAUGAGGGCAAAUCACGUCAAGAGUGCUAGUCUGUCUUCUAUUGAUUCCGUUGUUGAGUCCAAGACGGCGCCGUCAAACGACCAGACAUUUCUGAUGCCCAGCCCGCUGCACACCGAGAACCACAUGUCCAGCAAUGGGUCGAGGCCGGAAAGCUUAGCAUCAGCGCCGUCCCCGCCCAUGACUACCUUCUCCGGGCUGCCGUCUCCCCGCACAAGUGUUGGUGGUCAAAGUGCACUGGAGAUGAUGAACGAGCUGGCCGCCAACGCGCGACGAGAGCGCAAGGUGCUCGACCUGGAGAUCAGCAACUCUUCACUACUCGCCAUCAACCGCUCGCUGGAGAAGGAAGUCCGCAAGCAAAAGGCCGAGCUAAGGCGAUACCGGCGUUUGACUCUAUCUGGUCGCUUUUCCACCGGUCCAACCGACCCUACUCUCGAGAACGACUCCACAGCAGAAGCCAGCGACACAGGGAAACUGUCAGACAUGGACGAGGAUGGCGAAACUUCCGACUCGGAAGAUUCCGACUCAGACUCCGAACAGGAAGACUUGGAAGAUUCCUCCGAACACGCCGACUCCAUCGACGACAGCGCACAAAGCAGCAGCGACCGCUCCUCCUCCGCCCCCACCCCACACCACCACAUCCGCGACGAAAAGCGCCUCCAACUCGACCUCACAAAGCACCACUCUCUCCUCCUCGACAGCCAGAAAAUGAACCAGAGCCUCAAGCGCUGCCUCGGCUGGACAGAGCAGCUCAUCAAAGACGGCCAAAAAGCCCUCGCCUACAAAGUCCACGCCAGCGACGUCAAGCUCGGCGGCCGCGUCCUCGUCGUCGAAGACGACGCUGAUGCGAAUUCCCUGCUCAGUCCGUGGAGUCCGCUGAAGGGCGCGGGGGAUUCUUUGGAUUUGGUGCCCGUGGAUGGGCUGGAGAGGGCGGGCGAUCGGGAUAGUGGGGUGGAUGUUAGGGGGUUGGCGUUACAGUUGCCGCUUGGAUCGCCGUUUGAGGACAAGAUUCGCAGGUUGUAUGAUGGGAUUGGGGAGCUGGAGAGGGCGUGA